AUGGCCGCUGAGGCAUCAUUCUCCACCCCUUACCUCCAACACCUCGACCCCUCACAGCCACAUACCUUCGAGCUUCCCUCCAAGAAGAUAAAUGAGGGUAGCGAUGUCUCCAUAUUCCUUACCUCCCUUGGCUAUAGGGAUAUCGUGACUUUCAUCCUACAACUUAACCGCGCCAUGGUCCCUUCGAAAAUCACGGAGAAAGAUGGUUCCCAACGUGUGCAAACCUGGCCCCUCAACUGCGAUGCGGUUGAGUUCUCAGAGCCCGUCCGGCGUCUGCAGUCAUUACUUUCGAAGAUAGAUUCGAUAAUCGAUGAAGUACCUCCGGACACAGGUCCGAGACGUUUUGGAAAUCCUGAAGUUCUGCAGCAAGGGGCCCAGGGCCUCGAUUCGUUAUCUGCGAAGGAGGAGCUUAUAGCUUAUUUCAUGGGGAGCUUUGGGAGCCAACAGAGGCUAGAUUACGGAACAGGGCACGAGCUGAGCUUUGUGGCCUUUUUGGGUUGUCUAUGGAAGCUCAACGGGUUCCCGAAGGCUGGGGCUGGAGUGGAGGAGAGGGGGAUUGUUUUAGGUGUCAUUGAACCUUAUUUUGAGUUGAUUCGGCGCCUCAUAAUGACAUAUACCCUCGAACCUGCUGGAUCACAUGGUGUCUGGGGUCUUGAUGACCAUUCUUUUCUGCCUUAUAUCCUUGGAUCUGCACAAUUCUGUCCUCCAAUAUCAGAGUCAGAUCAUACUCCUACUGAGGGCUCAUUGCAGACCGCGCCGGAACCAGCUACCGUUGCAAAAGCGAAUAUCGUGGAGAAGGAGCGUAGGAAUAAUAUGUAUUUCUCAGCUAUUGGAUUUAUAUACGAUGUUAAAAGGGGUCCAUUUUGGGAGCACAGUCCUAUGCUUUACGACAUUUCAGGGAUUAGAGAUGGCUGGGGAAAAAUAAACAAGGGCAUGAUCAAAAUGUAUAAUGCUGAGGUCCUUUCCAAAUUCCCCGUCGUCCAACAUUUCCCCUUCGGUUCCCUUUUUCGCUGGGAACAUGACCCCACGGCUGUGGCAGUUGCUCCGUCCGUUCAUCUCUCCAGCAGACCAGAAAGAUCGGGCGAAACGACCUCUCCAGGUUCCGUUAAGCCCACAGUUGAAGAACUCCAUGGAACAAAGGCUCCUUGGGCGAAGCCCGCAGCUGACACGGGCGUCACUUCUAUCCCUGGCAUGUCCGCACCCUCCGCCCCGGUGCAGCCUAGAGCUAGACCCCCGCGUGUCCCCCCAACAGCUACAACCGCAGCGCCGUGGAGCAGCAAUCGAGAUGGAGACACUGCUGGAAAAUUCUCAUCACCUGAUCCAAACCUACCAACUAGAGCUCCUUGGGCGGGAACAGGAGGAGGGCCAGGCCCAAACAUUCCAACAAGGGCUCCUUGGGCAAAAGAACCUGCUGCUGGUCAAUAA